CAAUCCCGUUCCCGAUCCGAUUUGAACAGUCGUGACGUGAGACGAAAACCCUCGUGGUGCGUGUCCAGACAAAGAUUUUAAAGAGUCUAAUGUGCACCUCUAUCGACACCGGUUUCUGACUUAGGCGCCGAAAAACCGAUUAGAAAUCCUUAAAUUUGAAUAGUUUUAUCAAAAUGGAAACUAAACAAUCAAAAAAGAACUCUCAUACGGCCCUCAACAAAGCCGUCAAGAACAUAAACAAGCUUCUCCAGGAUCGUGUGAAGACUACGACACCGACCAAAGUAGUGAAAUCUGAACCUGGCUCAGAUUCAAAAGUCUCAGCUAAAAAUGGCAAGAGGAAUGUUCGCGUAUCAGUUGAUCGAGGAGUUGUGUACCUUGCUCAUAUCCCUCACGGAUUUUACGAAAAUGAAAUGAAAGCAUUUUUCAGUCAAUUUGGUCAUGUCACUCGUCUCAGACUAGUUCGCAGUAACAAGACCGGAAACAGUAGGGGUUAUGCAUUUGUCGAAUUUCGAUUUACUGAAGUUGCCCAGGUGGUUGCUGAAACUAUGAAUAAUUAUUUGAUGCGAAACCGUCUCCUGAAAGCAACUUACAUUCCACCAGAAAAGCAGAACCCUAAAAUGUUUUUGCAUAGCACCAAGUAUGGUCCUGAAACUUGCAUAGGUGUUAUAAACCAACGGAAGUCAGUCCGGAAGCAUAACAAACCUCUUUCUGAGAGUGAAACUGAAGAUCGUGUGAACCGCAACAAACAGCACCUCGUAGAGCUUCAAGAGAAACUCAAGGCCCAGGGUGUUGAUUGUAUGUUCCAGGUUGAUGAUGGUACAAGUGAAAGGCUCCUAGUUAAAUCUGAAAAAUCUAAUCCAACCGUACCUCCUACUAAAAAACCAAGAACAUCAUCCCCUGCACCCAGUGUCAAACCCUCCAUUGUAAAGCAACCAAGUGCUGUCCUAGUUCCCAAGAAGCAUGUAGUAUCGACCAAGGGACAGAAGGAAGUGAAGAUGAGCAAAAAUGUCAAAGCUGCGUCUGACAAGACAGUGAAGUUAGCAACUCUCAAAGGGGAGAAGAAAACCGUGGCAAAAAAAACUGUUGAUAAAAAAGUAGCAGCAAAGAAACUGGGUCCUAAAAAAGCAGUUGUUAAGAAAACGGUAGCUAAAAAGAUUACACCAGUUAAGAAAGAUGGAGCUAAGAAAACUGUUAAGAAACAAAUUGUAAAAAAGAAGUAGAGGAGGAAGUCAAGAAACAUGAGUAACUCGUGACAAUAUUUCACCAUUUGAUAUGAGUAAAUUAUGUAAUUUGUACAUACAAGAUUGAUUGGUUUUGCAUAACAUUUAGUGCUUUUAAGGAAUAAUAAAUGAUUGCAUCCAGCAAAAACUA